GAAGCCAAGCUUUAUAAAAGCAGAUCCAAACGAGGAAGUAACACAGUGAUUACGAGGGAAUUUGAUUUUCAAUUUUUUUUUAAUGGCGUGCAGCAAAACCGAUUACUCGAGGCCCAACUACAGAUUUCUGUCGAGCGAUCAACAACUGCAAGCAACGUUGAAUCAUGACUCGGCGGCAUUCGAGUUAGACGAGUCGGAUCUUUACAGCAACUCGGUCUCCAGUUGCUCUGGUUCGCCUGAGUUCCGGGACAGUGGAGUAUCCAAAAUGACAUCGACCAAGCGCCGUGGCAGAGUCGGAGGGACACCUGCGUCGCUGCCGGUCAACAUACCGGAUUGGUCGAAGAUUUUGAGGGAAGAGUACAGGAAUAACCGGAGGAGUUCAGAAAGCGACGAUGAUGACGACGUGGAAGAAGAUGAUUGGUUGGAAGGAGGGGUUCGGAUUCCGCCUCACGAGUUUUUGGCAAAGCAAAUGGCGAAGACUGGGAUCGCAUCCUUCUCAGUUCAAGAAGGGGUAGGGAGGACUUUGAAAGGAAGAGAUUUGAGGAGGGUCAGAAAUGCAAUUUUUGAAAAAUUUGGUUUCCAAGAUUAAACAAAAUGAAAAGAAGAAGAAGAAAAAAAAAGAGUGAAUAUUUUGGAAUCAUCAAAAUGUUUGAAUUUCAUUAGAAAAUUUUACUCAGUUUUCGAGAUAGGAUCAUUUUCAUUCCUGUAAUUUUAACAUUCAAGAUUUAUAAGAUUUUGCGGAGGAAUUUUGGAAA